UUCCUUCAUAACAAAAACAGCUGAUGGCAAAACAGGAUAGCUUUUAUUCUCUAAUAGAAGAGAUUGCAACACAUUUUACCCUGAUUUUAAAAGUAAAGUUAAAAUAAGGCACAUACAAGGCAAUGCAAUCAAGAGGCUUGGAUUACUGACCCUGUGAGCACAAAGAAGAUUUUACCUGGGAGCAGUUGAAGAAGAGUUUUUAUCUAUACAGUAAUUGUUUUGUUUUUAAGUGGCGUUUGGAUCUGCACUCUGCAUCUGUAAUGACAUACACCACAUCUACAUUCAUUCCAAUUACAGACUUGAAAGAAUGUUUUAUCUGUCGAGAAGAAGAACAAAAUGGACAGGAUGAGCUACACACCUUCUGCGACUGCAAAGAUCUAAUUGCGCAUCAGAAUUGUCUGUUAAAAUGGAUACAAAAGGGCACUGGUAAUGAAGAUCGACAGAGAUGCAAGGCAUGUACAGCAAAGUAUCAACUUCAGCAAGGGCCGGUAUGGAAAAUAAUGCUUUGUCACUGGAGGAAUCUGCUCUCAUCUGUUGUAUUCAUUGGUUUAAUGGUCCUAGUGGCAUUUAUUGUUCAUCAGCUAAAAAUGUUGAAGGAUCCACCACCAGCUAAACUAUUCAAAGCAGCAUCGGUAUGUUUUGGUGUUAUUGCAGAGACCAUUCUGAUCAAGUGCCUUGUUUGGUACUGCCAAUCCCAAUACAGCAAAGCCAAAAUGUCUUCAUAUUCCAUCAAAGCAAGGACUAUCACACAGAGCAGAAGUGUCACUAUUCAGGUCCCACUUAGUCAAGAACCUUCAGCUGAUGAUGGGAACAAACAUGAGACACAAUCGCACAAAGCAAAAGGCACUCUAAACCUAAAACUGACCUUGUAACUGAAGGAGGGUAUAAUUCAAAACUGAAGGAGAGGUCUGAAGUGCAGGAUAAAUCAGGAUGGCUGACUCCUUUAUCUUCUGGAUUGGGCACAGUCCUCUCUGCUAUCCUGGCUUAGACUUUUAAAUUUAUUUCAAUUUUGUUUUAAGCUGGAAUCUGGACACUGUUAACAUUUUAUGCAGCUAAUGGAAUGUUCACAGCAUUCAUUCCAAUUGUGGGGGUUUACAAAUAACUAUUUUUGUGCCUGUUUGUAUGACGAAUUGUCUUAUCAAUCGAAAAAAUGUAUGAGGAAAUUAAGAUUUUGAAUAAUAGUAUAGAUUUGUUUGUAUUCAAUAUUGUUUUAAAGAAAAACUUUACAAAUUGGAUUAACGGUUGGAGAGCUUAUAUAUUACAGAAGUAAUGUUGUAAGGUAAGAAAAUAUUCUAAUGCAUGGUUUUCUGCUAUACACUUUUUACACUACUCCCAAAUGACUUUAUUCAUGUUAAUAAGGAUUAUUAAAGGAGAACCUAAGUUACUGUAAGAAUUCCCAUUUGUUGGUUUGUGUAAUCUCCUACCUUACCAUUAUGUUAAAAAACCUAAGAUGUACAUGUUUAGAGUGCGCAGACUAAGACAAGAGGCCUCCUGCACUCAAACCAUAAUCAAUAUAGUUAGGAAAUUAAGACAUGUUGUGUAUAAAUCUACUAAAAAUGUUCUCCCCUUUGUCCAUAUACUACAAUAUAUUCAAGCUGGCCAACUAUGUCAAAGUUAACCUGUGUAUGUAUUAUACACAGGAACUAAGUUUUACCUGUGACUUCCUUUCAAGGUUAAAACUCCGACAUGGUUGUCCUUUUUGUUGGCCACCACUAGGGUCACCUGAUUGUAGCUGGGAGAGAUGGGAGCUACCAGGGAUGACUUUGACGUAGUUGACCAGCUUGAAUAUACAGCAAUAUAUGGACAAACAAUCUUUGUUUAAAGAGGAGGACAUUUUUAGUAACAAAAUGCAUAAAAUGUCUUUAAUGUCAUUAAUAUAUUGAUAAUGGUUGAGUAUAGAGGACCUCUUGUCUUUGUCUUGAAUUCUGGGGUCAAAAUCUCAUUGCACCACUCCUAUUGGUUUAAAAUAUAGUGGUGAGCCUAUUUUGUUACAUAAAGUGAAGCUGAAUCAAUCAACUGGCACCUGCACAAUCAUUAGGGUUCAGGGAAGAGGCAAGAGCCCAUCUUGAGUCAGACUGGUCAUUGCCCCUGUUGCUGUUGCAAGUUAACUGAAAAGCCAUGAUGCAGAUGACCUUAUAGACCAAUGAAAGUAGAUGCCAUUGAAUGGAUUUUUAGUGGUUGUAGGGAUGGCCACAGCAACUUUGGAUUCCCUUGUCCUUUAAAUUCAAUCCAUAGUAGCAUCCUAUGCCAAGCGACUAGUAGUUCUAAACUGUAAUUACAUAUAACAUGGAAAAUUCCAUAUGUAAUAGUUGUUCAUUUCUGCAAAGCAUAUUUUAGCAGUUUAAAAGGGGAGUUUGUGCAAUAAGUAUAGAUGUAAGAGAUGGUUAUAUUUGAUAGACAUUUGUUGAUCGUAACUUAAAUAUUACUUGUGUAAAUGACUGUAUUAACCACUAAGACUGUAUUUCUGCAAAAUAUGUUGCUGGUUAUUUUAUUAUAGGAAGGUAUUAAGUUAUUGUAAGUUAUUAAAGGCAAUUUUAAUGAC